AUGCACGGGCACAGCCGCAACGGGCAGGCCCACGUGCCCCGGCGGAAACGCCGCAACCGCUUCGUCAAGAAGAACGGCCAAUGCAACGUCUACUUCGCCAACCUGAGCAACAAGUCGCAGCGCUACAUGGCGGACAUUUUCACCACCUGCGUGGACACGCGCUGGCGCUACAUGCUCAUGAUCUUCUCCGCCGCCUUCCUGGUCUCCUGGCUCUUCUUUGGCCUCCUCUUCUGGUGUAUCGCCUUCUUCCACGGCGACCUGGAGGCUGGCCCGGCGGCAGCGGCNGCAGGGGGCGCCCCGACGGGCGGUGGCGCGGCCGCCCCGACGGCCCCCAAGCCCUGCAUCAUGCACGUGAACGGCUUCCUGGGCGCCUUCCUGUUCUCGGUGGAGACGCAGACGACCAUCGGCUACGGGUUCCGGUGCGUGACGGAGGAGUGCCCGCUGGCGGUCAUUGCCGUGGUGGUCCAGUCCAUCGUGGGCUGCGUCAUCGACUCCUUCAUGAUCGGCACCAUCAUGGCCAAGAUGGCUCGGCCCAAGAAGCGGGCGCAGACGCUGCUGUUCAGCCACCACGCGGUCAUCUCGGUGCGCGACGGCAAGCUCUGCCUGAUGUGGCGCGUGGGCAACCUGCGCAAGAGCCACAUCGUGGAGGCCCACGUGCGGGCCCAGCUCAUCAAGCCCUACAUGACCCAGGAGGGCGAGUACCUGCCACUGGACCAGCGGGACCUCAACGUGGGCUACGACAUCGGCCUGGACCGCAUCUUCCUGGUGUCGCCCAUCAUCAUCGUCCACGAGAUCGACGAGGACAGCCCGCUCUAUGGCAUGGGCAAGGAGGAGCUAGAGUCGGAGGACUUUGAGAUCGUGGUCAUCCUCGAGGGCAUGGUGGAGGCCACCGCCAUGACCACCCAGGCCCGCAGCUCCUACCUGGCCAGUGAGAUCCUGUGGGGCCACCGCUUUGAGCCCGUGGUCUUCGAGGAGAAGAGCCACUACAAGGUGGACUACUCGCGCUUCCACAAGACCUACGAGGUGGCCGGCACGCCCUGCUGCUCCGCCCGGGAGCUGCAGGAGAGCAAGAUCACCGUGCUGCCUGCCCCGCCGCCCCCGCCCAGUGCCUUCUGCUAUGAGAACGAGCUGGCCCUCAUGAGCCAGGAGGAAGAGGAGAUGGAGGAGGAGGCGGCAGCCGCUGCUGCCGUGGCCGCGGGCCUGGGCCUGGAGGCGGGCUCCAAGGAGGAGGCGGGCAUCAUCCGAAUGCUGGAGUUUGGCAGCCACCUGGAUCUGGAGCGCAUGCAAGCCACCCUCCCGCUGGACAACAUCUCCUACCGCAGGGAGUCCGCCAUCUGA